UUGUGAAUCAUAACAUUGUCUGUAAACAAAAGUUCAUUGAGUAGACUUGGGUGUAGUAAUAUUUUCAUUUAUCCUGAAAAACUAUAAUAGUUUAAAAUUGAAAUUUAACAAUUAAUUUUACAAGUCUUAAUAAAAUCAUAUCAAACAUAUAAAUAAUAAUGUCAAGUACAAUACUAGCAAUGGACGACAAUGUACCUCAUUUCGAAGCUGAAGAUAAUGUAUCAAAAACUGAACAUCGGAAAAAACUGAAUGGUAAAUUCAUUUUGAGAAAACCAGAAGACGAAGUUGUUGCCAUAAUUCUCUCGGCCAUUAUUGGGAGCAUAAUUGAGAGAUGGGAGCCUAUCGUCACUGCUCAGAAUGGAAUGAAACCUCCUACCACAACAAGUGAGGCAGAAAAUGAUGACCAGUUACAAGAUGAAACUCGUGUUAGUUUUGGCAGUUUAAAAUCACACGACAGUACUACCACUGCAAAAAAAGACAGUAUUAAUGAGGUAUCUUCGUCCAGCAGAAGUAGAACAUCAAACAAAAGCGUACAUGAGGAACCCGGUGAUGUGGCUCUUCACCACAAUGAUCAACCACCAGAAACAACAACAGAUCAGCUAUCUGAAACAGAACAUUCUACUAGUGAUGUAUCUAAUAUUUCAAACACUGUUAGUGAAGAAAUUGAAGAAGAGUAUGAGAUAGAGUUGAAAUCGUUUUUUGAACACCUAAGAGAGAAAAUAUUUGGUUGGGAAAUUCUUAAAACUGAUACAGAAGUAGUAAUGGUUUUUAAACAAGGACACUCCUAUCAGGGUAAACUGGUAAACUGUCGUAUGCAUGGACACGGGAAAUUUUACUGGGCUGACGGUAGUGUUUAUGUGGGUGAUUUUUACAACGGAGAGAUGUCAGGGGAUGGGUACAUGCAGUGGGCAGACCUGAGCUGGUAUGAAGGCCAGAUGCAACAAGGCUACAGACACGGUCUUGGUCUGUUCGUGCAGAGUGUAGGCUUCUACACGGGUAGCUGGCAGUGUGGGAGACGGCAUGGGCUGGGUGCCAUGUACUACAACCGCAACAACACCAGCCGAGACUACUACAAUGGGGAGUGGGCAAGAGAUUGCAAGCACGGCACAGGGCUACGCUGCUACCCCUCGGGAGCCAUGUACUCGGGCCAGUGGAAGGGCGGAGUCCGGCAUGGACUGGGAACUAUGGUCUGGACCAAUAAUGAUGUGUACAGUGGAAAUUGGGAAAACAAUCGGAUCCAUGGCUAUGGAGAAUACACCUGGGAGACUUUCUUCAACGAACAGUUG